CUGGGUUGUUCUGAACAGAAUGAGUCUAUGGUUGAUGUAGUUACCAGGUGACUUGUCGUCAUACCCUGGGUUGUUCUGAACAGAAUGAGACUAUGUUAGAUGUACGGUUGCCAGAUGACUUGUCGUCAUACCCUGGGUUGUUCUGAACAGAAUGAGACUAUGGUUGAUGUAGUUACCAGAUGACUUGUCGUCAUACCCUGGGUUGUUCUGAACAGAAUGAGACUAUGUUAGAUGUACAGUUACCAGAUGACUUGUCGUCAUACCCUGGGUUGUUCUGAACAGAAUGAGACUAUGUUAGAUGUACGGUUACCAGAUGACUUGUCGUCAUACCCUGGGUUGUUCUGAACAGAAUGAGACUAUGGUUGAUGUAGUUACCAGAUGACUUGUCGUCAUACCCUGGGUUGUUCUGAACAGAAUGAGACUAUGUUAGAUGUACGGUUGCCAGAUGACUUGUCGUCAUACCCUGGGUUGUUCUGAACAGAAUUGAGACUGUUUGCCAUUGCACACGCACCUGAAUACGGUCAUCACUCCUUUCUCUGCACGCCAACAUGAUGGUCUGUUUCUCUGAAUUGCCUUGUGAAAGCCUAACACUGUAAUAUCAUAUUUUUAUAUCUUAGCUGGUCGUGUUGGCAACAGAACAGGCUUUUAAAUGAUACCCACCUGACCUAGAUUGCUAUUUAUAAUGACAGUGUUUGGUUUGCCUAAACAACAGCGGUAAAUGUGUGAUGACGAGGAGGAAGGGCUGUGUUCCAAAGAAAACAACUACUAAGUGUGCUUCCUCUAGUUCCUCAACGGUCCAGCUAGGAGAGCUCAAAAAAGCACCUUAUAGCUGAAGACUUCUUUAAGUCAGAAAGGUGCAUUGAAAUGACUUAGGAACUAUGCACAGUCUGGAGAGGUGUGUGGCCACUUGGAGACACCAGUCAGACCUCUCACCCAAACCCCACAGUCUGGAGAGGUGUGUGGCCACUUGGAGACACCAGUCAGACCUCUCACCCAAACCCCACAGUCUGGAGAGGUGUGUGGCCACUUGGAGACACCAGUCAGACCUCUCACCCAAACCCCACAGUCUGGAGAGGUGUGUGGCCACUUGGAGACACCAGUCAGACCUCUCACCCAAACCCCACAGUCUGGAGAGGUGUGUGGCCACUUGGAGACACCAGUCAGACCUCUCACCCAAACCCCACAGUCUGGAGAGGUGUGUGGCCACUUGGAGACACCAGUCAGACCUCUCACUCAAACCCCACAGUCUGGAGAGGUGUGUGGCCACUUGGAGACGCCAGUCAGACCUCUCACCCAAACCCCACAGUCUGGAGAGGUGUGUGGCCACUUGGAGACACCAGUCAGACCUCUCACUCAAACCCCACAGUCUGGAGAGGUGUGUGGCCACGUGGAGACACCAGUCAGACCUCUCACUCAAACCCCACAGUCUGGAGAGGUGUGUGGCCACUUGGAGACACCAGUCAGACCUCUCACUCAAACCCCACAGUCUGGAGAGGUGUGUGGCCACUUGGAGACGCCAGUCAGACCUCUCACUCAAACCCCACAGUCUGGAGAGGUGUGUGGCCACUUGGAGACACCAGUCAGACCUCUCACUCAAACCCCACAGUCUGGAGAGGUGUGUGGCCACUUGGAGACACCAGUCAGACCUCUCACUCAAACCCCACAGUCUGGAGAGGUGUGUGGCCACUUGGAGACACCAGUCAGACCUCUCACCCAAACCCCACAGUCUGGAGAGGUGUGUGGCCAUGUGGAGACACCAGUCAGACCUCUCACCCAAACCCCACAGUCUGGAGAGGUGUGUGGCCACUUGGAGACACCAGUCAGACCUCUCACUCAAACCCCACAGUCUGGAGAGGUGUGUGGCCACUUGGAGACACCAGUCAGACCUCUCACUCAAACCCCACAGUCUGGAGAGGUGUGUGGCCACUUGGAGACACCAGUCAGACCUCUCACUCAAACCCCACAGUCUGGAGAGGUGUGUGGCCACUUGGAGACGCCAGUCAGACCUCUCACCCAAACCCCACAGUCUGGAGAGGUGUGUGGCCACUUGGAGACACCAGUCAGACCUCUCACUCAAACCCCACAGUCUGGAGAGGUGUGUGGCCACUUGGAGACGCCAGUCAGACCUCUCACCCAAACCCCACAGUCUGGAGAGGUGUGUGGCCACUUGGAGACACCAGUCAGACCUCUCACUCAAACCCCACAGUCUGGAGAGGUGUGUGGCCACGUGGAGACACCAGUCAGACCUCUCACUCAAACCCCACAGUCUGGAGAGGUGUGUGGCCACUUGGAGACGCCAGUCAGACCUCUCACUCAAACCCCACAGUCUGGAGAGGUGUGUGGCCACUUGGAGACGCCAGUCAGACCUCUCACUCAAACCCCACAGUCUGGAGAGGUGUGUGGCCACUUGGAGACACCAGUCAGACCUCUCACCCAAACCCCACAGUCUGGAGAGGUGUGUGGCCACUUGGAGACACCAGUCAGACCUCUCACUCAAACCCCACAGUCUGGAGAGGUGUGUGGCCACUUGGAGACGCCAGUCAGACCUCUCACUCAAACCCCACAGUCUGGAGAGGUGUGUGGCCACUUGGAGACGCCAGUCAGACCUCUCACCCAAACCCCACAGUCUGGAGAGGUGUGUGGCCACUUGGAGACGCCAGUCAGACCUCUCACUCAAACCCCACAGUCUGGAGAGGUGUGUGGCCACUUGGAGACACCAGUCAGACCUCUCACUCAAACCCCACAGUCUGGAGAGGUGUGUGGCCACUUGGAGACACCAGUCAGACCUCUCACUCAAACCCCACAGUCUGGAGAGGUGUGUGGCCACUUGGAGACGCCAGUCAGACCUCUCACUCAAACCCCACAGUCUGGAGAGGUGUGUGGCCACUUGGAGACACCAGUCAGACCUCUCACCCAAACCCCACAGUCUGGAGAGGUGUGUGGCCACUUGGAGACACCAGUCAGACCUCUCACUCAAACCCCACAGUCUGGAGAGGUGUGUGGCCACUUGGAGACACCAGUCAGACCUCUCACUCAAACCCCACAGUCUGGAGAGGUGUGUGGCCACUUGGAGACACCAGUCAGACCUCUCACUCAAACCCCACAGUCUGGAGAGGUGUGUGGCCACUUGGAGACACCAGUCAGACCUCUCACUCAAACCCCACAGUCUGGAGAGGUGUGUGGCCACUUGGAGACACCAGUCAGACCUCUCACUCAAACCCCACAGUCUGGAGAGGUGUGUGGCCACUUGGAGACACCAGUCAGACCUCUCACCCAAACCCCACAGUCUGGAGAGGUGUGUGGCCACUUGGAGACACCAGUCAGACCUCUCACCCAAACCCCACAGUCUGGAGAGGUGUGUGGCCACUUGGAGACGCCAGUCAGACCUCUCACCCAAACCCCACAGUCUGGAGAGGUGUGUGGCCACUUGGAGACGCCAGUCAGACCUCUCACUCAAACCCCACAGUCUGGAGAGGUGUGUGGCCACUUGGAGACACCAGUCAGACCUCUCACCCAAACCCCACAGUCUGGAGAGGUGUGUGGCCACUUGGAGACACCAGUCAGACCUCUCACCCAAACCCCACAGUCUGGAGAGGUGUGUGGCCACUUGGAGACACCAGUCAGACCUCUCACCCAAACCCCACAGUCUGGAGAGGUGUGUGGCCACUUGGAGACACCAGUCAGACCUCUCACUCAAACCCCACAGUCUGGAGAGGUGUGUGGCCACUUGGAGACACCAGUCAGACCUCUCACUCAAACCCCACAGUCUGGAGAGGUGUGUGGCCACUUGGAGACACCAGUCAGACCUCUCACUCAAACCCCACAGUCUGGAGAGGUGUGUGGCCACUUGGAGACGCCAGUCAGACCUCUCACUCAAAUCCCACAGUCUGGAGAGGUGUGUGGCCACUUGGAGACACCAGUCAGACCUCUCACUCAAACCCCACAGUCUGGAGAGGUGUGUGGCCACUUGGAGACACCAGUCAGACCUCUCACUCAAACCCCACAGUCUGGAGAGGUGUGUGGCCACUUGGAGACGCCAGUCAGACCUCUCACUCAAAUCCCACAGUCUGGAGAGGUGUGUGGCCACUUGGAGACACCAGUCAGACCUCUCACUCAAACCCCACAGUCUGGAGAGGUGUGUGGCCACUUGGAGACACCAGUCAGACCUCUCACCCAAACCCCACAGUCUGGAGAGGUGUGUGGCCACUUGGAGACACCAGUCAGACCUCUCACUCAAACCCCACAGUCUGGAGAGGUGUGUGGCCACGUGGAGACACCAGUCAGACCUCUCACUCAAACCCCACAGUCUGGAGAGGUGUGUGGCCACUUGGAGACACCAGUCAGACCUCUCACUCAAAUCCCACAGUCUGGAGAGGUGUGUGGCCACUUGGAGACGCCAGUCAGACCUCUCACUCAAAUCCCACAGUCUGGAGAGGUGUGUGGCCACUUGGAGACACCAGUCAGACCUCUCACUCAAACCCCACAGUCUGGAGAGGUGUGUGGCCACUUGGAGACGCCAGUCAGACCUCUCACUCAAACCCCACAGUCUGGAGAGGUGUGUGGCCACUUGGAGACACCAGUCAGACCUCUCACUCAAACCCCACAGUCUGGAGAGGUGUGUGGCCACUUGGAGACACCAGUCAGACCUCUCACUCAAACCCCACAGUCUGGAGAGGUGUGUGGCCACGUGGAGACACCAGUCAGACCUCUCACUCAAACCCCACAGUCUGGAGAGGUGUGUGGCCACGUGGAGACACCAGUCAGACCUCUCACUCAAACCCCACAGUCUGGAGAGGUGUGUGGCCACGUGGAGACACCAGUCAGACCUCUCACUCAAACCCCACAGUCUGGAGAGGUGUGUGGCCACUUGGAGACACCAGUCAGACCUCUCACUCAAACCCCACAGUCUGGAGAGGUGUGUGGCCACGUGGAGACACCAGUCAGACCUCUCACCCAAACCCCACAGUCUGGAGAGGUGUGUGGCCACUUGGAGACACCAGUCAGACCUCUCACUCAAACCCCACAGUCUGGAGAGGUGUGUGGCCACUUGGAGACACCAGUCAGACCUCUCACUCAAACCCCACAGUCUGGAGAGGUGUGUGGCCACUUGGAGACGCCAGUCAGACCUCUCACCCAAACCCCACAGUCUGGAGAGGUGUGUGGCCACUUGGAGACGCCAGUCAGACCUCUCACCCAAACCCCACAGUCUGGAGAGGUGUGUGGCCACUUGGAGACACCAGUCAGACCUCUCACCCAAACCCCACAGUCUGGAGAGGUGUGUGGCCACUUGGAGACACCAGUCAGACCUCUCACUCAAACCCCACAGUCUGGAGAGGUGUGUGGCCACGUGGAGACACCAGUCAGACCUCUCACUCAAACCCCACAGUCUGGAGAGGUGUGUGGCCACUUGGAGACGCCAGUCAGACCUCUCACCCAAACCCCACAGUCUGGAGAGGUGUGUGGCCACUUGGAGACACCAGUCAGACCUCUCACCCAAACCCCACAGUCUGGAGAGGUGUGUGGCCACUUGGAGACACCAGUCAGACCUCUCACUCAAACCCCACAGUCUGGAGAGGUGUGUGGCCACUUGGAGACACCAGUCAGACCUCUCACUCAAACCCCACAGUCUGGAGAGGUGUGUGGCCACGUGGAGACACCAGUCAGACCUCUCACUCAAACCCCACAGUCUGGAGAGGUGUGUGGCCACUUGGAGACGCCAGUCAGACCUCUCACCCAAACCCCACAGUCUGGAGAGGUGUGUGGCCACUUGGAGACACCAGUCAGACCUCUCACUCAAACCCCACAGUCUGGAGAGGUGUGUGGCCACUUGGAGACACCAGUCAGACCUCUCACUCAAACCCCACAGUCUGGAGAGGUGUGUGGCCACUUGGAGACACCAGUCAGACCUCUCACUCAAACCCCACAGUCUGGAGAGGUGUGUGGCCACUUGGAGACGCCAGUCAGACCUCUCACCCAAACCCCACAGUCUGGAGAGGUGUGUGGCCACUUGGAGACACCAGUCAGACCUCUCACUCAAACCCCACAGUCUGGAGAGGUGUGUGGCCACUUGGAGACGCCAGUCAGACCUCUCACCCAAACCCCACAGUCUGGAGAGGUGUGUGGCCACUUGGAGACACCAGUCAGACCUCUCACUCAAACCCCACAGUCUGGAGAGGUGUGUGGCCACGUGGAGACACCAGUCAGACCUCUCAUUCAACCCCCACAGUCUGGAGAGGUGUGUGGCCACUUGGAGACACCAGUCAGACCUCUCACUCAAACCCCACAGUCUGGAGAGGUGUGUGGCCACGUGGAGACACCAGUCAGACCUCUCAUUCAACCCUUUAAACCCACAUUUUCCAGCAAUAAUCUUAACAUGUUACUGAAUAUAUCCAGAGUAUUUCAGAUUUCGUCAAUCAACAAAUAAUAUGAAAAGUA